AUGGAGGGGGUACUAGAUGAUGAGGAUGUCCGUGCGAUGAUGCACGGUUCCAACAUGGUGAAGGUACGCUCCCAGAGGUGGCAGAAGAGCCGCAGCCUGCGUCUGCUGGAGGACGGGGUCACCGUGUGGUGUGAGUCCACCAAGAGCUCCCGCAAGGCCAAGGCACAACAGACCUUCUCAGUGACAGAGGUGGAGUGUGUGCGUGAGGGCUGCCAGUCUGAGGCUCUGCGGAGGCUAUCCGGGUCGGUACCAGAGAAUCAGUGCUUCACGGUGGUGUUCAGAGGAGCCAGGAAGAGUCUGGACCUCCUCUGCCCCUGUGAGGAGGAGGCGAGGCACUGGGUCCGAGGGAUUCGCACCCUGAAGGAACGCGUGGCCAACAUGACCCAGAAGGAGAAACUGGACCACUGGAUCCGUGGCUACCUGAAACGGGCGGAUGAGAACGACGAUGGGAAGAUGAGUUAUGACGAGGUCAAACGCCUGCUGCAGAUGAUCAACAUAGACCUGAAUGAACAGUACGCAUGCUCACUAUUCAAGAAAGCUGACCGGUCGUGUGAUGGCCGUCUGGACCACGUAGAGAUCGAGGAGUUCUGCAGGGAGCUGAUGAGGCGGCCGGAGCUGGACGCGGUGUUCAGACACUACUCUGGUAACGGCUGUGUUCUGUCCACCGCUGAGCUGAGAGACUUCCUGGGAGACCAGGGGGAGGACGCAUCACUGAUCCACGCUCAGAGCCUCAUCCGCACCUACGAGCUCAACGACUGGGCCCAGAAGAACCAGUUCAUGACCCAGAAUGGCUUCACAAUGUACAUGCUGUCCCUGGAGAACGAUGUGUUUAACCCUGACCACACCAGGGUACACCAGGACAUGACCAGACCCCUGGCCCACUAUUUCAUCUCAUCCUCACACAACACCUACCUCACCAAGGAUCAGGUCACCAGUGCCAGCAGUGCUGAGCCAUACAUCAGAGCUCUGAACCAGGGCUGUCGCUGUGUGGAACUGGAUUGUUGGGACGGGGACAAAGGAGAGCCUGUCAUCUAUCAUGGACACACCCUUACUUCUAAAGUGCCCUUCAAAGAGGUAAUCGAGACCAUCGCCCAGUAUGCCUUCAAGGCCUCCCCAUACCCCCUGAUCCUGUCCCUUGAGAACCACUGUACGGUUGAGCAGCAGGCGGUCAUGGCCCGACACCUGCGCACCAUCCUGGGCAAGAGGCUGCUCACCAAACCCCUCAACAACCAGCCUCUGAAGGACCUGCCCUCUCCUGAGGAGCUGAGGGGUCGUAUCCUGGUGAAGGGGAAGAAGGAUGUUCAUCACCUGAGCCAGCUGGGGAAGACCAGCAGCUUUGAUACCAGCUCGGACGACGAGGCAUCAAGCAGCAACAAAAAGGACAAAAAGGACCCUGCCAAGGCGGUCUCAUCUAAGCUGAGCCCAGAGCUGUCUGAACUGGUGGUGUACUGUCGAAGUGUCCCCUUCCGCGGGUUCCAACACUCUGCCCAGAAACCACCUGAUGAAUUGUCAUCCUUCAAUGAGAAUGACGCCCUCAAACACAUCAAGGACACAGGAAAGCUGUUUGUCAGACACAACAGCAGGCAGCUGAGCCGGAUCUACCCCUCCGGGCAGCGCCUCCAGUCCUCCAACUACGACCCCCAGGAUAUGUGGAACGGCGGCUGCUCGAUGGUGGCUCUGAAUUUCCAGACUCCAGGGGAGCAGAUGGAUCUGAACCAGGGCCGCUUCCUGCCUAACGGCCGCUGUGGAUACAUCCUCAAACCCAGCUUCCUGUGCAGCCCCAGCUCCAACUUCAACCCAGAGAUCACAGGAGGCGGGCCAGGUCACAUCCCCACACAGUUCACCAUACGGAUAAUAUCAGCACAGCAGCUACCUAAGAUCAACACAGACAAGCCCAACUCCAUUGUGGACCCGCAGGUGUGGGUGGAAAUUCACGGGGUGGCCAUUGAUAAUUCCAGAGACAAAACCCACCGAAUCGACAACAAUGGUUUUAACCCACGCUGGGACAGCACUUUGAGCUUCCAGCUGCAGGUCCCUGAGCUGGCCCUGGUACGCUUUGUAGUGGAAGACCAUGACCACAAAGCCAAGAACGACUUUGUGGGCCAGUACACCUUGCCCUUCACCAGCCUCCGCACAGGUUACCGCCAUGUCCACUUGCUGAAGGCAGAUGGCUCCAGCCUCUCUCCUUCCACCCUUUUCAUCCAUGUCAAGGUGUCCCGUAAGGGGGUCCCCAUCAAGACUGUGUCCGAGCGCAUGGCCUUGGCCAAGAGUAAGGGCAAAGCAUGACCCCCAUCUACCUGAACUAGUGCCACACUUAUCUGAUAAGCGUCAUGCUUAUUUCAUCUUGGGGGGGGAGUCUCCCUAAUUGGGGUGAAAAGGACAAGCUGCUGCCUGCCUAUGUACUAGUGCUCAUCUCAUACACCCAAUUUAGAGUUGGCAGGACCUAUAAGGCUCCCUGGCUACAGAGGGGAAGACAUCAGUCCUCCUCAGUCAAACCUGGAUGGGAGUCUUGCCGAAUAUGUUGGCUGGGAGAGAAACUCUCUGGCAUGUUGCUGUUGUGAGAGUAUUCUGUACUCUGUCGUCAGUGUAUUCAGAGUGUUCGUGUCUGUUUCCAUAGAGACAUGACUCUGGCACUGACCUGUUUUACACCAGAACUCUACCUGGCAGCCGUCUGCUUAUUAUGAAGCCGAUAUAGAGUUUUUAUUUCACUCAAAGCCACGUCUGUGUCCUGGAGUCCCUGUAGCAGAUCAUUAAGACGUUUCCCUUUUUUUUAAACAUAUUUAAAGUUAAGAAAUAUUGAACUUUUUUGCUACUUUUAGCUGAUGUGUGGUGAGCGUUCUGGCACAAAAAUGCAUCACCCAGGUGGGUGCCGCACAUUGAUGGUGGAUGAGG